AUGGCGAGCGCCUCGAAGCAGUCUGUGGUAUCGACGUUACAGCAUGCACAAACAACUGCCCUGCUGAACUUGCUUAACCUCAAUCAACCUGUUGAGGCUCCCUCUGCACACUCAGGAAAGGGUGCCCCAGGCUUUAAAACCCCUCCAGUAUCCGGGCCACCUGUAUGGAAAAUUCUGGUCCUGGAUCAGCAAACCAAGGAUGUUCUUGCGACUGUCCUGCGCGUUCAGGAUCUACGUGACGCGGGGGUGACCCUCCACGUACAGCUUCACUCCUUACGACCUCCUUUGCCUGAUGUUCCCGCCGUAUAUUUUGUCUCUCCAACAUUGACAAAUAUCAAGCGCAUCGCUCAAGACCUACAAAAGUCGUUAUACGAAUCUUUCCAUUUAAACUUCGUCGAACCGCUUCCCCGCGCUCUUCUAGAAGAACUUGCAGCUUCUGUGGCACAGGACGGUACUGGAGAGCUCGUCGAACAAGUCGUUGACCAGUACCUCUCAUUUAUAGCCCCUUCACCUUCACUUUUCUCCCUUUUACCUCAUCCACUUAUACCCUCUGUAACGUCCCCUACACCACCGACUUCAUCUGGGCCUGUUGCCACUUAUACCAUACUGAAUUCUCCUUCCUCCACUGAACAACAAAUCGAAGAAGAGAUUGAACGCGUAGCUAAUGGACUCUUCAGUGCAGUCGCUACCAUGGGACACGUACCCUUUAUUCGAGCACCAAGAGGAAAUGCAGCCGAGAUGGUUGCAAAGAAACUGGAGACCAAGAUUCGGGACGCCAUUCUUUCCGGCGCCCGUUCUCAUGGCACAUCUACUACUUCACUCUUCUCUCAAGAUUCUACUGGACUUUCAAAUUUACAGCGCCCUCUUUUGCUUAUCCUGGACCGUAAUGUGGAUUUGGUGUCAGUCGUUGCUCAUGGUUGGACAUAUCAAGCUCUGGUUUCCGACUGUCUCGACAUUAAACUCAACCGCGUGACCGUCACUCAGCAGCAAGGGAAGAAGUCAUACGACCUAGACUCAAAAGACUUUUUCUGGGCUCAGAAUGCCGCCAACCCGUUUCCCCAGGUCGCAGAGGAGAUUGACUUGGAGCUGAACAAAUACAAACAAGAUGCCGCGGAAAUUACGCGAAGUACCGGUGUCAGUGAUGUUAACGAUAUAUCACAGCUAGACCUCACAGCAAAUGCUGCACAUCUGAAAACCGCUAUAACUCAGCUACCUGAGUUGACAGCGAGAAAAGCAACAUUGGAUACCCAUAUGAAUAUAGCAACUGCCCUGCUAGAACAAAUCAAGAAACGCUCCCUUGACGAAUUGUUUAGCACAGAAGAAGCCAUUACAAGACAGACAACUGCGUCCAUUCUGGAGUUCCUACGUGCCCCUCGUCCCGAUGGAGAACUCACCGCUAAUGAUAAGCUCCGUCUCGUUCUUGUGUUCUACCUCUCAGCACCCGACAAUUCAGUUUCAAAGGACGACGUCGCAGAGCUAGAGAAAGAGUUAAAGUCUGCAGGCGCAGAUGUGGCAGCGUUCGAAUAUGUCAGACGAACACGCGAAAUUUCGCGCAUGACCUCUUCUAUCAGCGCUGCAAAUACAGGGACUGCAACUCCCGCCCUUGGAGGUGUAGCUGGUCAAGGAGGGGAACUGUUCAAAGGCUUCAGUGCUCUAGGGAAUAAGCUUACAGACCGCCUCAAAGAUGGAAGAUUUGACACCCUCAUCUCAGGCGUCAAGAACUUUUUACCCACCAACAAACUUUUCCCCGUUUCAAGGCUCACUGAGGCGCUCAUGGACUCAUCAGCGGCUUCUAACCAAUCUUUGGCGGAAACCGACGAAUAUGUCUUCCUGGACCCCCGCGCCCCACGGCAUGGCCAUACAGGGAUGCCUGGAGCUCCUGGUAGCAGUGGAGUUGGGAGAGCCAAACGCAUGGCAUUUUCGGAGGGAAUGGUCUUCAUAGUGGGUGGUGCCGGUUAUGUGGAAUACGGUAACCUACAGGAGUGGGCAAGCAAAACAGGCAAAAGAGUGACGUACGGUGGAACUGAGAUUGUCGACCCAGGAGGUUUUGUUAAAAUUUUAGAGAGCCUUGGGAAGGCCGGAACUUCUUAA